CACCCACCCGCAUGUCAUAUGCAGUAGUAUUGUACUGUACAUGAAGCCAAAAGGGUCUCAUCUGUUUGCAUUAUUCCAUUUUCAUAUUUACAGUAAAACCACACUCACAGAAACAGAGCCCCUCCUCAGUCUUUAAGCUUUGUCCCAGAUCUCAUAAGACUAUUCAUCAGAUACACACCCUUUCACACUCUUUUUCCAAAAUGGGUUGGAGAAACAGAAGUUCUCUUCUCUUUUUUCUUGUUUUAUGUAUUGUCCAUGUGAUAGAUGCUAUGAAUUUCAGGAACAAUACCCAUCAAGCAGAAUACACUCAGUUCCUUCUUGCCAAUGGGGUUGCUCGAACACCUCCAAUGGGUUGGAACAGUUGGAAUCACUUCCAAUGCAAUAUAAAUGAAAGCACUGUGAAGACUAUUGUGGAUGCUCUUGUUUCAACUGGAUUGGCAGCAGUUGGAUACAAAUAUGUGAAUUUAGAUGAUUGUUGGGCUGAAAGAAACAGAGACUGGAGGGGUAAUCUCAGAGCAAAAUCGUCUACUUUUCCUUCUGGAAUCAAGACCCUUGCAGAUUAUGUUCAUGCAAGAGGCUUAAAACUUGGCAUAUACUCUGAUGCUGGCUAUAUGACCUGCAGCAACACAAUGCCGGGCUCACUUGGGCAUGAAGAGCAAGAUGCAAGAACCUUCGCAGAGUGGGGGGUCGAUUAUUUGAAGUAUGAUAACUGUUACAAUGAUGGUUCUAAGCCUCAAAAAAGAUAUGCUAGAAUGAGUUAUGCACUGCAAAAGGUUGGAAGACCGAUUUUAUACUCCUUAUGCGAAUGGGGACAAGAGAAUCCUGCCACAUGGGCUGGUUUGUAUGGCAAUGCUUGGAGAACUACAGGAGACAUUAACGAUACCUGGGAAAGUAUCACGUCGAUUGCAGAUCAAAACAACAUUUGGGGGAGAUAUGCAGGACCCGGCAAGUGGAAUGAUCCUGAUAUGUUGGAAGUGGGCAAUGGAGGGAUGAGUCUAGAGGAGUAUAGAUCUCAUUUUAGCAUUUGGGCAGUUAUGAAAGCUCCUUUACUUAUUGGAUGUGACGUCCGAUCUGCAAGCAAAGAGACUCUUCAGAUCCUUGGAAACAAGGAGGUCAUUAAUGUUAAUCAGGAUCCAAUGGGAGUUCAAGCAAGGAAAUUGCGUUCAAAAGAUGGCCUAGAAGUGUGGGCAGGACCAUUAUCAAGUAAAAGAGUGGUGGUAGUGUUGUGGAACAGAGGCAGGUCAGUUGCUCCUAUAUCUGUGACAUGGAGGGACGUUGGACUAUCUCCGUAUAAGCCUGUUGUCGUCAGAGAUCUGUGGGCGCACUCAUUUGUUUCAAGGAACAAGCGUUUUCGGUUGACUGCAAAUGUUGCUCCUCGUGGUUGUAAGAUGUAUGUCCUAAGUCCCUACUAGAAGAAAAAGAUGGCUCUCUUUAUAUAUCCAUAUUUGGACUUGAGGCCACCAUAUUUAUUUUGCAAAAUACUUGCAUACAAGAAAUCUGUUAAAAUAAAUGUUUUGACUCAAGAAGAUAUUUUAUUUUGUCACAUU